AUGGCUUCUUCCACUCCCACGGUAGCCCGAUCCAUUGCCGAGGUGACUCGGGAGUCGAUUCGGGUGGAGAAGCUGCGAGGAAGGGUGCAGACGGUAUUUCCGAUACACGCAUGCAUGACGCCAACGGCGAACAACAGCGAGACGCAGGACUACGGGACUGUGGGCAGCGACGGUCCGAUCGAGGGGGCUACGAAACGUUCGGCCUCGAUCUUGGCUCGAGACAGCGUCGCCUCGGCCAAGGUGUUCCAAGUGACCCUCCGAGACCUCAGCCUUCCGGGCAACAGUGGCGCCAACGGCAAUCUCCAUCACCGCAUCGAUGCCUACUUCUACGACAAGUGGGCGGAUGACCACCACUCCGGCAUCGGCCCUGGCGAUGACAUAGAGGUCUCCGGCCCAGCCGCCAGACUCGUUCACCCGGACCCUUCCGCGUCCGACAACGGGGACCACCCCUUUUGUCUGGUGUUUCAUACCGGACGCGACGACUCCUUGCUGGCGCUGGGCGCGGUCGCGGCGGACCACCUCGCCGGCGUCGCGGGGGGCAGUGGAGGAAGAAGCGACGAAGCGGACGACGUCGUUUCUUGCAAGGUCGUCCGAAAGGCGGCGCAACCGGGGGCGGGGUCUAGGGGUGGGGCCGCGCCGACGGGGAGGGGAGGGGGAGGGGGAAGAGCCAAGGCGUCUUACGCAUACACUACUCUGGAUAGCAUCCGCGUGCAGGAAGAGAAGACGAACGUGUACGGCGUGGUUUGCUCCUUCACCCACCGUCACCAGUCCCGGGGAAGGGACCUGACGAACUCGGUGAGCCUGCUGGACGAGUCUUGCCCCCAGUCCGACGACGCUGUGCCGUGCAACUUCUUCAGCUCGACUCUCAAGGGGCUGCCCGCGCCGCUGAUGGUCGGCGACAUCGUCAGGCUCCACCGCGCCAAGGUUCAAGAGUACCGCGGGCGGCCUCAGCUCCUGGCUGCUGGAGGCGCCGCCUGGCUCGUCAUCCGCAAGAAGAAGGCCAUGCGGGAGACCUAUCAGAAGUGCCCUAUCGGCGGCAUCUCUCCUGCUAGCGGCGACGGCGACGGUGGUGUCGAUGACGAGGACCCUGACCCGGAUGAUGACUCGCCGCCUUCGGGGCCGGAUGCCGGGGGCGGCGAGGCAGACGCGGUAUUGCCUGCCACGGACUGGGAGGUGCAAUCAUCCUCGGCGAACUACACGUUGUCGCAGGUGGAUCAAGACAGGUGUAUCGCGCUGAGCGAUUGGCUAGCGACGAAAUCGCCGCAUCUGUGGCUGAAAUCGUCGUCGGAGGUGAAAGUCUGGGUGCAAGACAUAUUCCGACGACCACAGUCCGGAGAUGUGAUCUCAAAGCUCGAGGUGGACCUGGUGUGCUGCUUGACUUCCAAGCAUGAGAAGGCCGAAGGCGGGGCGGGCUCCCUGUCGGAGGUCUACGUUGCCGACGGGACGGGAUUUGCCUCCUCGAUGCCUGGGAAAGAAUGGGACGACCGGCGUGACGCCGCCCUGCUCAAGGGAGUGCGUACGGCGUUGGGAAAGCCUGGCUGGUCUCCGGGAAACCCGCGGCCUCCUCCAAUCCCGGCGCACCUCAAGGUUGAGGUCACGGAAAACAAAAGAGAGGUGGAAGAUUUUGUGCGGCAUGGUCCAGAGUCGGACAACUACAGACUACACUUCCUCUUCACGCUGAGACUCGAAGACGACUACGGGGUCGUCGAUGCCAUCGCAUCGGGCCCCGACGCAUCGCUCCUACUGCCAGGAUCCCCGUCCCCAGCAGAGUUCUAUACUAGCCUCGAGGUCCGGUCGAGGGUGGAGCGGGUCCUGACACGUCUUGAGUCUACCAGCACAGGCAAAGCUAGAGGGGGCGUGGUUGAGCUGCGCCUACGCUCUUACCUGGCGCCCCUGGUGGAAAUCAGGCACAGGGGAGACAAGUGCAAGCGCUACAGCAUCAUCGCCCCGUCUUGUUUAGAAGACCAAGGUUGA